AUGACCUUUCUCUAUUUUUGCCGGAACCGACGUUAUAUGGCCUAUGUGGCUAAAUCGUUUUUGGUUUGCAUAAUGACAAUUAUUAUAUUCUACUUUAUUCUCCACAUCUUACAUUCACAUGGUAUAUUUUUAAAAACUAAAAUGCUGAAGCAUAAUGCAGAACCACAAAUUCAGGCAUUACCCACAGUUCUCGAGACAGAUAUCGAAACCUAUUCGGAGGAAAACGCUUUGUCUGAGGAACAAUUGAAAUUGGCAAUCGAGAAAAUUUUACCCAGUUUACCAAAAAUUAAAAAAGAUUGGAAAUCAGACUCAAAAAGGGGAUAUAAUCAAACUUGUGCUAAGUUUAUACUACCUCUAAACAUUGAAUACCGCAACUCAUACUGGCAAAGUCAGAAUACUAGUAAUGGCACAUUUCUUUUAUACAAUGCAUAUUUGGAUACUAGAUCGGAAAAUACACUGGGUCCUACGGUAAGAAUUGUAGGAAUGAUAGAUAGAUACAAAAUAAAUUUACCGACAUAUUGUCAGUUUUGGUUUAACGAUACAAACAACCCCGUAAUAGUAAAAACCUAUGAACAUAGAAUUAUUUGGUGGUUCGGAAAGCCACAAAAAGGUUAUUUUAUACCGUAUCUUAUAUCAUGCGUGUUGCCAAAGCAGUUAAGUAAACGAGUUCCAGAAUCAAUUUCAUUGGUGGAGAGGGAGUGUGAUAUUGCAACUAACCGCUUAAGAGUUAUAUACGACAACCCUGGAAAAAAAGAAGAUUUUGCAGUUUGUGUAAAAGGCUUAAGUUUUCCAAACGAUAUUUCCUCCAGACUGUCGGAGUGGAUAGAAUUGUUAAAUGCUACAGGCGUAAAUAAAAUUUUCGUCUACGAGCUCUACACACAUCCGAAUAUAAGAAAAAUUUUGAAUUAUUAUGAGAAAAUAGGAAAAAUCCAAGUUACUCCUAUAACAUUACCGGGAGGCGCGUCUAAUGUUCCGUUUUUACAACAUUUUUAUCUACAGAAACAAAGUAUAAGAAAAAGACUUAAUGAAAUUGUACCAUACAACGAUUGCUUUUACAGAAACAUGUAUCGAUAUAAGUACAUUAUUGUGAUCGAUACAGAUGAAGUGAUAGUUCCUAUGAAAGAUGAUAACUUAAACGCACUGAUGCAUAGAGUAAAAAUGAAACUAUUAGCAAAAGGAAAAAUUGAACGGGGAGCUGCAUAUACUGUGACAAAUGCCCAUUUUGUUAAUCGUACAACUCAGGAUAAAACUAUACCUAAGCACAUGUACAUGCUUCGACAUACAUACAGAGACGAGAAAAUGCACGCUAAAGACUUCCUUAAGUCUAUUGUAAACACUGAAAAAGUGUUAACACUUUUCAAUCACUUCCCACUUGGAUGUCUUAAACCUGGACCUUGUCUGAAAUAUCAUAUAGAUUCUGAAGAUGCACAUUUGCAGCACUACAGAGAAAAUUGUAAAGUCAAAUGCAAAGAGGAACAACAAUCCAUUAUAACCGAUGAAUCAAUUUGGAAAUAUAAAGAUAUAGUAAUAGAAAGAGUAAAGAAUACAUUAAUUAACACAGGACUGAUUAAAAAAAAUAAACAAUUGUAA